AUUCAAAAGGUCUACCGGUACUAACCGAAAGCCAUCAGACACAGCGCCUAGCAAGCCAGCUAGCAAAGCACCGCUUGGACUUUGAAGAAGCCACAAAGCACGCUGUGACCGCCACAUGGCGGCCACUGGAGUUUUUCCGUCUUCCUACCAAAACCCUAACCUCCAAUUUCCCAAACCCUUGUCCUCCUCCGCUGUUGUCAUCAUCAAAGCACCGAGCACAAAGACGAAGAAGCACAGCACCAAUAGCAUCAGGUGCGAGAUCACCAGCACCAACAAUUGGACCGUCGAGCCGGACCCUCCGGUUCAUUUCUUCAACAACAACAACUCGCCGGAGCACCUUCCGGUGCGAAUGGCUUCCGAAUCGGCCGUCAAGAAGGUCUGCCUCUUCUACUGCGCCGAGACCAAAGAGCUCGCUCAGAAAGUCGCCGCUGAGUCCGACGGAAUUGAGCUCCGUAGCAUCACCUGGAGGAAAUUUGCUGAUGGAUUCCCUAACAUUUUCAUACCUAAUGCUCAUGCGAUUCGCGGACGGCAUGUGGCGUUUCUGGCCUCGUUUAAUUCUCCGUCGGUGAUUUUUGAGCAGCUCUCUGUAAUCUAUGCAUUGCCGAAGUUGUUCAUCGCCUCAUUCACGCUUGUGCUUCCAUUUUUUCCGACUGGGACGUCGGAGCGUAUGGAGGAUGAGGGAGAUGUUGCCACUGCUUUCACACUGGCAAGGGCAUUGUCGAAUAUACCAAUUUCGAUGGGAGGGCCGACUAGUUUGGUUAUCUAUGAUAUCCAUGCCUUGCAGGAGAGGUUUUACUUUGGUGAUAAUAUAUUACCGUGUUUUGAGAGUGGUAUCCCUUUGCUUAAAACUAGGCUUCAACAGCUCCCUGAUUCUGACAAUAUAACCAUUGCUUUUCCUGAUGAUGGCGCAUGGAAACGAUUUCAUAAGCAGCUACAGCACUUCCCAACAAUUGUUUGUGCCAAAGUUCGGGAAGGUGACCAACGUAUUGUUCGUAUUAAAGAGGGAGACCCUAAGGGACGACAUGUUGUGAUUGUUGAUGAUUUGGUUCAAUCUGGUGGCACAUUGAUUGAAUGUCAGAAAGUUUUAGCCGCCCAUGGAGCAGCAAAGAUAAGUGCAUAUGUAACACAUGGGAUUUUCCCUAAUAGAUCAUGGGAACGCUUCGGAAGUGAUAAAGGAGCAGGGAACCCUGAGCAGGGGCUGACAUACUUCUGGAUUACAGACUCGUGUCCCACCACAGUGAGAGAUGUGAUGCACAAUCCACCAUUUGAAGUUCUUAGCCUUGCUGGUUCCAUUGCAACUACUCUUCAAAUCAAUUAGACGACCAAAUGAUGCAAACUUUCCGCGGCAUUGAAAAACUGUUGUGCAUUUUUGGUUUUUUUCGCUGUACAAACUGUUGUGCAUUUUUGGUUUUUUUUGGCUGUACAAACUGUUGUGCACUUUCAUGACAUUAAAUGUCAGCUUUACUUGGUGUGAGCUAAUAAAUGGGGAUUGAGAGCUUAAA